UCAAAUUGCAAAAAAAGCAAAUGCUUUGGGAGGAUCGCCUUGCGAGGAUUGUGUCCGCAACUGGGAUCCCUUCGUCACCGGUUCGCGGAAUGCGGCAGGAAGCAACUGGAGUCCGGACACUGCUCGGGCACCAUGGCAGACGUGGCAAAGAAAAUCCGGGAGUACAUCGGGGUGGAGGCUGGCUACCACGCCAUCCCCAAGAGCCGGGAAGGGCUGCUCAAGUUCCAGCCAAAGCUGAGCGACUUGCCGAACCGCUCCAUGACGGACUCGCAGACGAGCGCCAAUGUGCUCCUGGAAUCCGAUGCUCUGCUGAGGCAACGCUUCGCUUACGCCGGCGGCCUGCUGCGCAUGGGCAGGAUGAUGGAGGAACUCGACCUUCUCGCCGUGUGGAUCUGCCAUCGGCAUGUCCUUCUGCCGAAGCUACCGAAAGGCGUUCCAUUGCCCUACACUUUCGUCACCCUGCUGGUGGACCACGGGCACUUCCUGGUCGAGAAGUUCAGGCCGGAUGUGGACGUCUCCCUGUCGGGACACGUUUCGUGGACGGGCGAUAGCUCCAUGGAGAUCUCGGCAUAUGUGCGGCAAAGUGGAAUGCUGCUGGCGAAGGCCAUUUUUGUGAUUGCCGCCCGCGAUGCCACCAAUAGUGGCCCGGCCCCAGUGAAUCCUCUAGUGCCGGCCAACGAACUGGAGGAAUGCCUCCACCAGGAGGCCCUGGAGCGGCACAAGCUAAGGGCGGGUAAAUCGCCCCUUUUGGAGGACAAACGAAAGCCUUCGAGGGAGGAGGAGCAGAUCAUGUAUGAGUUGUUCACUCGAACCAAGGGCAUCGAGGGUCCCACACCCACGGAUAUGACCACUCUGCCUCCGGAUUGCCGCUGGAUGUCCAAGUGGCAUCGCCGGACCCUGCUGCACUCCUUCCCGGAGCACCGCAACGAAUCGAACACCAUUUUCGGUGGCUUCAUCAUCCGCAACGCCAUCGAGUUGGCCUACAUGACGGCCAGCCUCUUCGCCAACGAGUACUCGAUGAUCCGUUUCAUAUCGGACAUCACCUUCACCCAUUCGAUCCCCGUCCACAGCUAUAUAAACCUGAAGGCCUACGUGGUCUACACCCAGGACAAUUACGUCCAGCUGAUGACUGUGGUGGACGCCAUCCAUGGCAAUGACUUUACGCAGUUUCCCUGCAACACGCUGCAUUUGACCUAUUUGUGCAGCCACAAGGUUCCGGAGGUCCUGCCAAAAAGUUAUUACGAGGCCUUAUGGUAUUUGACAGGGCGUCGCUACUUCAAUCGCUUCCUCGAAUCAGUAGGUCGAGACAUGGAGGGCAGUGCAUCAAGUCCUUCGGGAAAGACCGAUGGAGCAGGUUAAAGCCUUACGAUAAGGAGUUAUCAG